AUGCGUGCCUCGUUGAAAAGAAAGAAAGGAAUGUCUUCUAAGUCAGAGAAAAGGCUGAAAACCGAGGCCAAACCUUCAAGGGUGGCAGAAAAACCUCUGGGACAAGGCAGUAAAGAAGAGGGCAUGUUCCAGAUUGGGACGAUGCGUUAUGUCAAAGUGUCCUGCUUCAAGGGGAAGGUCCUUGUGGACAUCAGGGAGUUCUACACGGACAAGGAGGGCAGCACAAAACCAGGGAGGAAAGGGAUUUCGCUCUCUGCAGACCAGUGGAACCGGCUGAAGGCAAUAAUUCCUGAGAUCGAUGCUGCAGUCAAGAAAUUUUAA